AUGGCUACCGACUUCAGCAAGCUCCCCGAUUUCGACUCCCUUCCCUCUGUCAAGGACAUGCCACAGGGCUGUGCCUGGGGACAAUUCGACCGCGAUGGCAAGAAGGAUCACCUCGGCUGCUUGAACUACCUCACCCCAGCUGUGGUGAAGGAGGCCUACAAAGAGUGCCGCGACGGCGUCUCCGUGAGCCUCAACUGGCCUAUCGGCGCCAUCAACACGCCGGGCUUUGCACGCAAAGGCUUAGUCCACAAGGUCUUGUCUUUCAAGGAGGGACCUUUCUCCCUGCAUGGCUUCGAUGACGAGGUCGAGUUCAAUACCCAAUGCUCCUCGCAGUGGGACUCCCUCGUGCACUUCCACCACCAGCCCAGCGGGACGGGCUACAAUGGCUGUCGACCAAGCGUCGAGACCUUGACCCAGGAAUUCGGCAAGGAGGACAAGGAUCAAUCCCUCCCAACGCUCAACCACUGGCACAGUCGUGGCGGCUUAGUGGGCCGCGGCGUGCUCCUCGACUAUCGUGCAUACGCCCAGGAAAAGGGCAUCAAGUACAACUGCUUCGAAGACCACCGCAUCACUAUCAAGGAACUGGAAGACGUGGCGAAGCAUCAAGGUGUCGAGUUCAAGCACGGCGACAUCCUCAUCGUGCGAUCUGGCUUCACGGAGGAUCUUGGUGGGAUCUCUGCCAAGGAGCAGGAAGAGAAGCUGGGCACGCACAAGGCUGUCGGCGUUGAGGGGACAGAGCAGAGCGCCAAAUGGUUCUGGAAUCAUCACUUCUCUGCCGUCGCGGGGGACGCUAUUGCGUUUGAGGCGCUGCCGCCGAAGCGGCCGGAUGGAAGUGAUGGGACAAUCGAUGAGCUUGUCCUGCACCAGUAUUUCCUGUCACUCUUCGGCCUCAACAUCGGCGAGCUGUGGGAUCUGAAAGCACUGGGUGCGAAGUGCAAGGAACUGGGCCGCUACAGCUUCUUACUGACUUCUGUCCCACUGAACGUGCCUGGGGGUGUCGGAAGCCCGCCGAACGCUCUGGCCGUUUUCUAA